AUGCCAUACGUGACAUUACCAUCAUCUAAUCAAAAUAUUAAGCUGCACUAUGAGGUACAUGGUUCAGGUGAUAUUAAAGUUUUGUUUAUUAUGGGUCUGAGAACCGAAGGUCGAGCUUGGAAAUAUCAAACUGAUUUCUUCCUUGAGAAAUCCAGUUAUCAAUGUGUAAGCUAUGAUAAUCGUGGCUGUGGUCGAUCGUCAAUACCAUCAACAUUAGAAUAUACAACAGUUCAAAUGGCUAAAGAUGCUCUAGAAUUAAUUGAUCAUUUACGCUGGCCUCAGUGUCAUGUGGUAGGUGUUUCUAUGGGUGGAAUGAUAGCAUUGGAAUUAGCACUAUUAGCACACCGUAGAAUUCUCUCACUUACUCUUAUGGCUACGCAUGCCGGUGGUUUGAUUGGUCAGGCUCCAUUUCUUGGUAUUCGAGGGAUCUUUCGAUCACUUAUACUACGUGAUGAAGAACAGUUGGUAAAUAAUGCUCUUUCUAUACUUUAUGGUCCAAAAACUUUGAGUGAUCCUGAUAAACGACAGUAUUUUUUCAAUUAUCAUCGUGAAAGAUAUAGAACUCGUGUUCCAUUGAAACUAGCCGGUAUGUUUGGUCAAAUGUUUGCUGUUCAACGACAUUACAUAAGCUAUGCUGAUCUAUUAAAAAUUCGAUACUCAAAUUUUCCUUGUUUGAUUAUGGUUGGAACUGAGGAUCGACUCGUACGUAAAACAAAUUCAUAUAUGCUUCAGAAAACACUUGGUUGUCGAUUGAUCCGACUGGAACAUGCAGGACAUGAUUUAGGAGGUGAAUUUGCUGAACAAGUCAAUCAAGAAUUAUUAACUUUUUUUGAAUCGGUCGAUUUAAAGAAUCAGUCGUCAGACAUACCCGUUGAAUAUACAACAGAAAUACAAGCACUUGAACUUUGCUGUCAGCAUAGAACUCAUUGUUUUAUCUACAAUCUUAUUGGGUUUUUCAAGGGUUCUCUUCUCGGUUCAAUUCUUUAUUAUGCAUUAACAAGUGGUUUGAUAAGGAAUGAAUUGAUGAGUAUCCAUUUAUGUGCCCGUUGUAUGGUACUCAUCGGUUGUAUACGUGGCCUUCGUCGAUCGAUUGGAUGCAUUUAUAAUGCAAUUCGAGCUCGAAAAUUUGUUAAGAAACAGAAGUUAUUCCUAGCACAAACAACUAAUAAUGAUGGCAUUGGUUUUAGUUUAACCAAUCGACAGAAGAAUGGCAUUCCGCAUGGAUGUGGUUUUGAGUUUCCCAUCUUACCACUUAUCUUUACUGUUUGUCUCAGCAGUCUUGCUUACUGGACAAGACAACACAAUUAG